AUGGACCAGGCAGACAUACCGGCGCUGCUCUCGCGCCUGGCCAGCGAUGAGGAUGCGGCCCGCAAGAUGGCCGUCUUCAAGCUGCAGUCCUCCAUCAACGACCCCGCCUUCGCCGACGUCUUCAUCUCCUCGGGCGGCCUCGUCAUCCUGCGCCGCCUCAUCAUGACCGCGGGCGGCAACACGCUUGCCUACUCGCUGCAGAGCCUGACCCGCCUGCUCGAGGUUGAUAUGGGCUGGGAUAUCUUCGAGGGGCCCUCAGCCGGCGACCUGGUCGAGCGCGUCGUCGAGCUUAUUGUCCACAACCCGCUCGUCAACAUCCUGCGCGGCGCCAUGAGCAUUCUGGUCGCCCUCGUGAGCCACAGCCAGUCCACCCCGCGCGGCGCCGCCCCGAGGACCCCCGGCACAUUUGGCUUCCGCGCCCUCAAGCCCGCCGUCGCCGUCUACCCUCAGUUCUUCGAGCUCGUCAUCCAGCAGCUACAGUCCGCCGACCACGCCCUUUGCGCGAACGCCCUUAUGCUUAUCAACGCCCUCAUCCGCGACGCCGUCUCGAGCGAAACCCGGCCGACCUCGGGCACAGUAAAAUCUCCCGCCUCAUCCACCAUUGGCGCGUCCACCUCGGGCGGCGAGGAGUGGUCCAAGUUCAUCAAGCGCCUGCAGGACCUCGGCCUCAUCAAGGCUGUAUACAACCUGAUGCAGAGCUCAGCCCUCCAGGACCUCGCACAUCCCCUGAUCGAGUUCCAGUCCCUUACGAAGGCGCUGCUUCGCAGGUGGAAGGAGGUCCGCGUCGACCUGGAGCGUCCAGAACACCGCAGGGCCCUCAAGGGACUGCACCUUGCCAGCGCCCCGGACAGACAGUAUCUGAGUGGCGACUCGGCGGCGACGGCAGCCACGACGGCUGCAUCCGACACAGCACCCGCGACGACACCCGCCUCGGCGGCUUUGGCGAAGAAGGCGAGCAGGCGGCACAAUCCUGAGAAGUGGAGGCGACUGGGGUUCGAGACGGAGAGCCCAACGGUCGACUUUGAGGUGCCCGGAUUCCUGGGCAUGAUGGAUCUGACCGACUAUGUGCGCAAGCACGAGGACGGGUUUCAGAAGCUGCUGCUGGAACAGUCGUCACGGCCCCUGGCGGAGCGCUGCCCCGUGGCACGUGCUAGUUUCGCCGUUACAAUGGUGCUGUAUGAGCACUUCGAGGUGGACAAGUCGGAUCUGGAGGACCCGCGGACGUACCAGGCUUUGGAGGCGGCCGGCACUAAGGGCAGCGGUGGGGGCGCGGCCGGGUCCGGAUACGACAAGGUGUUCCGGCCACUGCUGUUGCAGUGGUCGCGGUUACACACGGCCGGGCUCCACGCAUUCUUCCGGCUCUGGAAGGUCACACGGGCGGAGCGCGACGACUUCGACAAGGUGGCCGAGCUGGUGCGGAUCCUGAUCGAGCAGGUGGUCGGGCAGGCGAUACGGACCAAGGACGUGGGCGAAGUCGAGGAGGAGCUGCAAGAGUACGACUGCGCGCGGCUCCGGGAUGUCCAGAUGGGCCUGCUCGAGCUCUCGUUCGAGGACCAGUGGGGUCAGCACAUGUACCAGGCGCGCGAGGAGCUCAAGCACGAGGCGCUGCAGUUCGUCAAGGAGCAGCGAAUCCGCUGCCUACUCCAGGGCUCGUGGUUCUCGCGGCCGGUACCCAAGCGCGAUCAGCAUCAGCGGCAGGACAGCGUCGGCGCCGUGGGCCUGGCCAGGAAGCGGCUGUACGAGGCCAAGGCGUGGAGAUUCGCCAAGCUCUCGCACAACCGGCGGUUCCUCCACUACGCCGACUUUGCGUCGCAGACGGCGCAGGACCCGGGCCUGGAGGACCUGACGGAUAAGGUGGACCUGGGCACCAUCAGCUCCGUCGUGUCCAACGUGUCGGCACCUAGCGGCGACGACCGGAGCGCGUCGAGCAUGUCGACACUGCAGAACAGCGGCGGCGGCGGCGGCGGCAAAGCCAACGGCACCAGCGGCGGGCUCGCGGGCUCGGCGCCACCGCCAAAGUCGACGACCAAGAUCACGGUGUACAGCUACGUGGACGCCGAAGAGGCGGCGCGGGGCGGGGAGGCGCGGGGCGGGGAGACGCGGGAGCAGGCGAUCCUGACGCUGUACCCGCUCAACCAUUCGCUCGCGUCCGAGUGGCUCGACGGGCUGCUGAUGCUGCUCAACCAGCAACCCAUCACGUCCGACACCAACAAGCUGGUGGCGCUCGUGAGCGACUACGGCCUCAAGAUACGGUUGCUCAACGUUCGGGUCGAGGCCGUCUACCAGGGCCCACCCCCAGGAGCCGGGGUGGUGCCGAGCAGGGAGGGGCUGGAUGACGACUACUAUUAUGAGCUUUAA